AUGAAGUUCCUUUCUUCUGCCAUCCUGACGCUGGCCGUUACUGGCUCUGUCCAGGCCUCUCGCCACGUCCAUGGGCACGGCCACCGCCACGCCCGUCAUCUCGAAAAGCGCGAGAUCACCCAGGCCGCCGGUUCAACCGUCGUCGUCUUCGUUCUCGAUGGCCAGGAGAUCUCCAAGGACAAGGCCUGCGAUGGCAUCAAGGCCGGCACUCUCCUCUGGAGCGAUGGCGGCGACCACAAGGACAUCUGCAGCGGAGCCCCCCAAGCUCCUGCCCCAGGCCCGGCCGGCAACCAGUUCUACGAGGCACCUCCCAGCCAGCCCGCUCCCCCUCCGCCUAGCGAGACUUCUCCUCCCAAGGGCCAUACCGAGUCUACUCCCAAGAAUGAGGAGCCUAAAGAGCCUAACGAGCCAGAGGAACCAAAGGAGCCCGAAGACCCCGAAGACCCCGAGCUUCCUGACGGUGAGGGUGCCGAUUUGGAAUUCCCUGACGGCAAGAUUCCCUGCAGCGAGUUCCCAUCCAAGUACGGUGCCAUUUCUCUUGACUACCUAGGCCUGGGCGGUUGGUCUGGUAUCCAGUUCCCCGAGGAUGUCGGCAGCGGCUACGGCAACAUCCGCACCGCUAUCUCUGGCCAAGGCUGUGAGGAGGGAGCCAUGUGCUCUUACGCCUGCUCUGCCGGCAAGCAAAAGACCCAGUGGCCUUCCAGACAGGGCGCGAAAGGCGAAUCCGUUGGCGGUCUCGAGUGCCGCAACGGCAAGCUCCCCCUUACCAACCCAACACUCUCCAAUAAGCUUUGUAUGAGCGGUGUAGGUGGUGUCUACGUCAAGAACCACCUUAGCGUGUCCGUCGCCGUCUGCAGAACAGAUUACCCCGGUACCGAGGAGGAAUCCAUCCCUCUCGAUGCCAAGUCUGGCGCCACCUCCCCUCUCACCUGUCCCAAGGCUGAGGACUACUACACCUGGAAGGGCAUGCACACCUCUGCCCAGUACUACGUCAACCCAGCUGGUGCCUCGACUAUGGUAACUUCGCUCCUCUCAACAUGGGUGCUGGCCAGGUGA